AAACACCUGGAAUAGAUUCAAGUCCAAGCAAAAACCACUAGACACUAUAAAACCAACUCUUUACUCCAAAUGGCAUGUAAGCACCCUUAAAAACCAUUCCAUUCCAUCACCUCAAAAUCAACCUCAAUGGCUCUUUUGUUGGUCUUCAUCAUUCUCUCACUCUCCAUUACCCGAGCCGAGGAUCGAGCUCACGGGCUCGUCAACGAGAGUCCCACAGCUAUCUCACCGGAAGCAUAUGCAUAUUUUAACCCCGACACUCAACAGUCGAACACUAACAACCCCUGUGACUCACCAGACUGUUCAUCCCUGCCCCUAGCAGCCACGGUAGUGCAAUCUACUCCUGCACAUGAAAGCUCAUCGACUGGUGGAAAUCCGUUAGGUGUCGGUGGCACUGCUGGUAUUCCUAUUGUUUUCGUGUUCGUCUGCCUCAUUGCUAUGGGGAUUUACUACGUCGUGGUCAAAAGGCAGUCCAACUUGCGCCGAGCUACUACUGUUCAGCAGCCUCAGGUCUGAUUUUCAGAGUGGCACGAGUACAUCAUUCGAGAUUUUUCAAGCCCAAACUCGUUCUUCUUCUCCUCCUCUUUCUCUCAGCUUCUUCCGACCUUGAUUUGAGUUCUUGUUGAAUUGUAGGCAGCAAUAUGGUAUGUUACAGAUAGUAAUCUAUGAGCGUGUAUUCAAUACCUAGUACAUAUAUUUGAUUGUGCUUAAAAGCUAUUUA